AUGAAGUUUCUCGCUGUAGCUGCGUACGUGGCCCUUCUGGCAGCCGCCGCGGCCGCCCAGAGGACCGAGACCACGGCGGACGCCCUUCGGAGUAUCUAUUACAGAUGCGUGGACAACGAUUCGAUGUUGUCCUGCGUGAAACCGAAGGUCCUCGCGUACCUGAGCAACGCGGCGAAACAGGACAGGAUCGCCAUCACCGAUGAUCUGGCAGUGGUAAAGUCCCGGGACAUGCCUGAAGACAACAGCGAAGAGUACUACCCCUCGCAGUACGACUCCGUUGACCCGGCCAGGAAAGAACUGCUGAGAUCCAUGAUGCUGGAGAAGCUGGACGCUUUCUUAUCCAGCCAUCAUCUCGAGGCUAAGCUACCGGAAGCAAUUGUAGGGUCCAACAUCGUGCCUAGGUCACUCGUCGACAGCAUGCCGAGAAGCUUGACUAUCCCUCUGAGUGACUCUUCGAAUGUACAAGGCCGUGGAUUCGUGAAGAAGGUCAUGAUACCAUUCCUGCUGGGUCUGAAGUUCAAGGCCACAGCACUGGUACCGCUCGCGCUCGCUCUGAUCGCGCUGAAGACGUGGAAAGCCUUGACCCUUGGCCUCCUGUCGAUGGUCCUCAGCGGAGCGAUGAUGAUCUUCAAGCUGACCAAGCCGAAAGUAGCCUACGAAGUGGUGCACUACGGUCAUCCACCAGUAGAGCACCCUCCCCACUGGGACACCGGGGCCCACGGACCCUACAGGGCCUACAGGAAAUAG